AUGACUUUUCACGCGACCUACCCGCAUGAAAUGACUGUGACCUAUCACCUCCACAACUGUGCGACAAGUUGCCUCGACGAUUGGAAAGCAGUGAAUAUCAAUGAAAACAAAGAUCGGAUUCGCUCACUUGUCAUUGUGUCAAGGUCAAGGUCUCCAAUAGAGGCGGAGGCUGCUUCAUCAGUUAAGGCCGCAGCUGCAAAGCUAGCGGGAUCAUUCGCCACCCAGACCAACGGUGGUGGCAGUGAAGGGGUCCUAAACCCAGCUAAAGACAUGAGUCGUCACUAUUAA